AUAUAAGCUAAAUCAAUUAUCGAAUUUAUGGUAUAAGUAUACGAUUAUAGAGGCUGCAUUACUAAAUUUGGUUCAAGGUGCUCCUACUAUUGAUAUUUAUUUGGAUGGAUUAGAAACAAGAAAAAUAGCAAGAUUCAAUGACAAGUAAUAAGGUUUGAUUGGAUUGCCUGUAUAUUCAGUAUAAAAUAAAAUUAAAAGAUGAGGGCAAUGAUGAUAUUACAGGUCUGGUAGAUUUGAAGAUGAAUAAAAAUAAGAAGAUUGAUCACUUAGGGUUGAGAAUUGAAUUAUUAGGGAGAAUUGGUAAUUAAGAAGAAAUAAAUAAGAAAUAAUUAAUGAUUAGAAAUAGUCUUCAGAUUUUAUAUCUUUAGGGAAAGAACUGGAAACAUAAGGAAUUAUAAUGGAGGAUAAAACAUAUAAAUUCUAAUUUAAUAAAUUUGAAAAACAAUAUGAAAGUUAUUNCAUUGACUUAAAGAUCUUAAAAAAUGGUCACACAAAUAAUAAAGGAAGAAAUACAAAAGUCAAACAGUGUUGAUAACAAGUAAUAAAUAAAAAAGAAAAAAAAGAGCUAUUUUUAACUAAAAUUGGAGAGAUAUCAAAAAGAAGUUUAAGAAGAGCAAUCGAAAAGAAGAUAAGAAUUAAUGAUUAAGUCUAAAAAUUUCUUGAAGAAAGAUCUAGAAGAUUCUUAGAAGAUAAGUAAUAAAGGAGUUAGAGAAUUUGAGGAAAGAUGCAAUUUGUAUAGGAAAUAUUAUUCAGAGGAGAUAAUGAACUCUUAUGGAAUGUAAAUUCAAAUUAUUAUUUAUGUGGAAGACAAGAAGAUCUUAAUCUCCCUCUACACAAUCAUUCAACAAUUGAAAACUAAAACAAAUAUAAAGUUCUCUUGA